AGAACCUGUCAGGUUGGUGGGAGGAGCCAGUCGCUGUGCAGGAACACUGGAGGUGAAACGAGGAGAAUGGAGACCAGUUUAUGGCUCUAACUGGAUCCUGAAGUCAGCAGCUGCAGUCUGUAGAGAGCUGGACUGUGGAUCUGCUGUUUCAACACGAAUGAAGAAUGAGUCCUUACACAGAUCUGCAUGGGAGAUCAGCUCUGACUGUGUUCAGUCUGGAUAUGGCCUGAGGGAGUGUGUGUCAUCAGGUUCCUCUACCUCAAUCAUUGAGAUCACCUGCGCAGAACCUGUCAGAUUGGUGGGAGGAGCCAGCCGCUGUGCAGGAACACUGGAGGUGAAACGAGGAGACUGGAGACCAGUUUAUGGCUCUAACUGGAUCCUGAAGUCAGCAGCUGCAGUCUGUAGAGAGCUGGACUGUGGAUCUGCUGUUUCAACACGAAUGAAGAAUGAGUCCUCACACAGAUCUGCAUGGGAGAUCAGCUCUGACUGUGUUGAGUCUGGAUCUGCUCUGAGGGAGUGUGUGUCAUCAGGUUCCUCUUCCUCCAUCAUGGAGAUCACCUGCGCAGACUCUGUCAGGCUGGUGAACGGGACUGGUCUGUGUUCAGGCAGACUGGAGGUGAAGUCUAACCAGUCUAACCAGUAAACCAGAGGUG